GGUCGUUUAAUUUCUUAAGUCUUACUUAUUGAAACAGGUUCCCAAUGUGAUUACAUAGGUAACGUGUCGUGUUUCUUGUAGCCCAGGAAAGGAAGUAUCUCUGACAUAUAACGUAUACUUUGUUUUAGAUGGACUAUUAUACGAUUUCCGCUCCUGUACGCUAUUUUCUUAUAAUUAAGUAGCCUAGUAUUGAAAGCCUUCGUGUGUUUUAGUAGCAACAUGACUUGGUUGAGAAAUGUCACCACGGGUUGUGUACUCGUUCAACCCAUGAAUGUGCGUUAUUCCGUAACAACUGCAGCAGUGAUUGAUGCACGUUGAACUGUAAUGUGGCCAUUCCUGGCGUCAUACCAAAUUCCUAUUCUGGUAAGAGUUCGUACAUGUUGCGCUCGUGGCCGCCGUGGGUCAUGGAAAAAGCGCGAUCAGAGUCUGCGCAACUCAGCAUUCUUCUCGUCGUCUGUGCGAAGUUUAUGAAGCUACACUGCAAGAGGAGGAAAAAAAAAACAUUCGUCAAUAUUGGAUGCACGUUUAACGUGGUUGGAAACACUGGCCUUGGACGUUGUUCCGCAAAACAUCAAAGCAAAAUAGCUAACGUUACUGUAGCUGGUUAGAAGGGGGCUCAACAAAGAACCAGGAAGCAUAAUGCUCAUUGGCCUAGCAAGAGAGUGCUGGCAGUGCCAGGGGUGGUGCCCUCACAGGUAUAGGUGGCUAUCUCUUGUGCGUGUAAACAGGCCUAGGGGUGCAACAUGAAUUUCAAAUUCACCUAUAGCGAAAUAGAGGAACUUGGGGGCAACUUGCCCAUGAAGAAAAGGAAGUCGCGCUUCACCUUCGAUGAAGUCCAUCUGCUGCUGUCUGAGGUCAAAAGAAACAGGCACAUCCUCGUAAGCAAGUUCAACCAAGGCGCCUCGUCAGACCUGAGGAAGCGAACAUGGGCGGACAUCGCGAUUUGCAUCAACAAAAUCAGCGAGUGCCAACGGGAGGUCAUGGAGAUCGUCAAGAAAUGGGCGGACCUAAAGUGUGACGCCAAGCGCAGGAUGGUGGCCAUGCGAGGGCCUAACGGUGUCCGUAUCUCCCAGAACCUGUCGCCGGUGGAGAAAAUGGUGCACGAAAUACUAGCCAUGUCCCCUCCGAACAAGGCCACCAUGGGCAGUAUGAAUCAUGAACCUGAGGAGAAGGACUUUGGUGACAUGUCAGAGAUGUCGACUCGCUCCUCUGGCACCUCUAAUGGUAUGGCUGGCCUUCAUCAUAUGGGUAUGCCUGGCACCAGCCCCCACGCCAUAGGCUCGUCUAUGUCACCUUUCUCAACUCGAGAUAAAGAUAUUGGCAUGUUUUCUCGGAUGCCAUUUGGCCGGGAUCCUUCUCAGUCGUCUCGUGAUUUUUCAUUCAUGACACCAGUCGAUGAAGACAACAGUCUGGGAUUUGAGGACCUAGAAGAGGAGCCACGGCACAUGGGCUCCUUCCGCCCUCCUGCUGAGCCUCGUCGCACCUACUCCAGAUUCGUCGCCGCUUCCACCGCUGUGUCUUCCUCCAUGGCUACUUCCUCGUCCUCCCUCCCAGCUCCCUCCUCUUCCUUUCUCCCUGCUCCUCCCUCCUCUUCUACCUCUCCAGGGUCAGUCAUGGGACAGGGGGCAAUCCGGAAGCAGCUAGCCCACAGUGCCUCCCUCAGUCUCAAGGAGCAGCAGGCCACUACUGCCCUGCUAGGGGCCGUGUCGGGGUCUCUGGGGGCCCUGGCCCAGUCCGUGCAGCAGCUGGUGGAGUCGCAGCAGGAGUUUGUACGCGACUCCCUGGAGAUGCAGCGAGAGACUGUGAGCGUCCUGCGAGACUUCUCCACCAAUGCCCUGGCUCUCCUGCGGGACAAGGUCAACGGCCACCCGCCUUCUUAACUCCCAGUUCACCUACAGAACCCAACACAACAUACACACGGACCCUACCUGUGAAGUGCUUGCCUGUGGACUGAGAUCAUGUCAUUAAUACUGUUUGCAGAUUCACAUUGAGAAUGAGUAUGCUGCCACUAGUAUAGAGUACUGAAUAGCAGGAAGCCAAAAUAAAAUGAUGAAUAUCUUUAUAUACUGGAGAUGAGCUUUCUAACUAGUGACUGUUUUGUGAAACUUUUGAUGAUAAAGAGAUCCACGUGUCAUGGUUCCAGAACUAUGGUAAAUUACUUUUUUUUUACUGAAUGGAACAAGAGUGGACAUUGCAAGGAUGUCUGUCAAAGAAAAACUUGUGCAAUACUCUAAAAAUUAUUUUUGAGGGUAAGCGAACUGUUUAUCUGAGCCUGUUUUGUUUUACAUGGUCUCAUUUGUAGGUUUCCUCUAACAAGUAUGCAAAGACUGGUCAUCCAAACACUUCAAGCAUAACCAGCCACAUUUCUAGAUUAAUUUGAGUCAAAUCGAUUAGAUUACACACACACAAAAGAGCGGCACAUACAUGUGGAAAGUAUGAAUGAGGUUUCGUCUGCCAACCUCUCAUUACUAUCCAAAGGUUAGGUGGUUUGGUUUUUAAACUGGCAAUAAAUCCCACUACAACUACGAGACGACUAAAUAGAAACUGGCCAUAUUUGUAGCAUUUGCACUUCAAUUUAAUGUAUUUUCAUUUUGUAUUGAGUUUAAAUUAUAUUGAGUGUCCAACUUUUUUGGAAAGUUUUGAGAAUGUUUUAGAUAUAUUUUGUCAAUGCUGAAGAAAUGUUUUUAUGAAAAGUAACCUUUUCACUGAACUUCAAUUAACUUUUGUUUUUCCAGACUGAAUGAUUUUUAAAACAUUCUCUAGACUACUGUACUGUAACAUGUAAUAUGUGACUCCUUCAACCAAAUCUUAAGAAUAAAACAACCUGUUUUGAAAUGA